CCCACCGUUGUGUGUGUGUGUGUGUGUGUCUUCCUGUAAAUGUUUAACUCAAGUGUUUGUGCUGUGCUCGGAGUUUAGUCCUCGAGGAGCCUCAGACUCGUUCACAAUGAGUUCAGCAGCGGGAGGCUCGUCUCUGCAGGUCCACGUGGUCCGGCUGGGCCCAGGUCAGGAGCUGCUGGGGUCUCUGCAGGCGUUUGUGGAGGAGAGGCGCCUCCGAGCGCCGUUCAUCAUCACCUGCGUGGGCAGCGUCACCAAGGCAACGCUCCGGCUGGCCAACGCCACGGCCACAAAUACAAACGAGGUGAUCCAGCUCAGCGGGCGGUUCGAGAUCGUCUCCCUGGUGGGCACUCUGAACCGGGACGCCCACGUCCACAUCUGCCUAUCAGACGCCGAGGGCAAGACGGUCGGGGGUCACGUGCUGGGAGACCUGGAGGUGUUCACCACGGCCGAGGUGGUCGUCGGCGAGGCGGUCGGCCUGCACUUCAACAGAGACAUGGACGAGCGGACGGGCUUCCCCGAGCUCGUGGUCCAACCGCGGAAAUCUGACAGUUGAAAGAGUAAAAACAGGUUCACCAGAUACAGCUGCGGCCUUUUUAUAAUGAAAACAAUUACAUUACCCAUUGGUAACCCAUGCAUGACUUAAUGCUUGGACAGUAUGUUAGUUAAUGCGUCAAUUAGGUAUUUGAAUCAUCAGGACGUCUGACAGUCCAUGAAAUACUACAUGAAUGUAUAUAUGCAUUCAUGAUAACUCAUGUACCAUUAUUAUAAAGUGUUACCAUUACAUUUUAAACAAUGUGUAGAGUAUCCACCGUGACUUCAUGAGUACUGCGUUACAGAUUACAAACUAAAUAAAAGAACAGACCAAACUGUGUACAAGUACUCUCCUACAAUCAAUUCAUUUCAAAUAUUACCUCCAUAAUAGUGCCAAAGUAUUAUAAUCAAAAUGCAAUCAUAAGUUAAAAGUAGCCUACGUUUUACACCCUCUCUCUCUCUCUCUCUCUCUCUUGUCCACAUUGAACAUUGCACCAAACUGCUGAAAUCACACAUGUAGAUGUUGCCUGUUUUGGCUGUGCAGAAAGACUUGAUUAAAACAUGUAGUGUGCAUAAACAUCCAAGAUGAAUAAAAUCGUACAGCGUCUGGCCCGCUUUAAGAACAUCUUCAGGGAUGCAGCUUGUCUUGAGCCCAGCAGCCAAUAGGAGCGGCUCUGCGGGGGUCGCAGCUUCUGC